AUGAGUGCUAAAGACAUCUGGGAUGUACUCAUGCUCAUAGGUGAUGGAGACGAACAAGAGAAGGAGAACAAGUUAACAAUUGCCAUGAAGAAGUUUGAAGACUUCAAACUCAAUCCAAAGGAAUCCAUAACUGACAUGGAAGCUCGAUUCAUAAAGCUACUGAUGGAGAUCAACGAUCUUGACGAGAAAAAGCUAUCACAAAAGGAGACAAAUUUGAAGAUUCUCCGUGGACUACCCAAAAGUUGGGAGAUGAAAGUAGUAGCCAUGCGUGAUCACCGAGAUCUCAAAACAACGAGAACUACUCAAAUCUUCAGUGAUCUGAAGGCUUACGAGUUUGAGAAGGAAACACUCAAUGAUGAAGAACCCGAAACAAGGAACAUAGCCUUAGUCGCAAAUCAGCAACCUUCAUCAUCAACACCAAGGAAGUUCAAAAGGUUCAUGCGAAAGAAUCAAUCCUAUGACAACUCGGACAAGACAACAAGAACGAAGUACCAAAGUCAUGACAAAGCAAGUGGAUUUAAAACUCAUGAAAAGGAAGAGAUGCAAAUGCUAUGCUACAACUGUCGAAAACCUGGACACUUCAAAGCUGAAUGUCUGUAUCCCAUUGUCAAGAAGCAUCAAGACGAGCAUAACUAUAAGAAGAAUUUGGGAAACUACAACAACUCGAAGAACGCAUUCAAUGAAGGUGAUGAGCAGUCAAACAAGAAUCAGAAGAAUGAUAGGCGAAGGAAAGCUUUAGCUGUUGAAGAAAAGUCAGGAGAUAAGAACGACGAGUCAUGCACAUCUAGCUCCAGCUCAGAGAGUGACAGUUCGGAGGAUGAGAAAGGACUACUGUGUCUCUUUAGUCAAGAGGACUCUGAUGAAGAGCUAUGCCUUAUGGCAGAAGAAGAAGAGGUAACUUCACAGAACCACUCUUCUAAUUAUAGCUCCGAAUCAACAUAUCAUGAAAACCCUAGGGAAGCAUUCGAAAGAAUGAUGAAGAGUUUUGAUGAUAUUGAGGAUUCACACUUCAAGCUCAAAGAAGAGAAUGUCAAGCUAUUGGCAGAAAGACAAGAUCUCGAGGACUUAAAGUCCAAAAAUGCCGAGAUGCUUGAAUCUAUAAGCCAGCUUGAGAAGCAAGUUCAUCUUCUUGAGGAACAGUGUAAAGAAAAAGAUAAUAGAGAGCAAAAUUUGCGUGCAGUGCUUGCGACAUUUACAAAGUCAUCCAGAUUAAUGGAUCGAAUGAACAAAAGAGGAAACAAACAGACAACUGAUCACAGAACACUCAUUGGAAACAGAAUUCCAGGAGAACUAGCGGAACUCCCAAACGGAGCACUGCCCUCCGCCACACACCUCCGCAAGAAGGACACGGAUCCCCUCAACGGAUCACUCCCCUCCGCCAACCACUACCGCUUUGCUCUUGCGGAAGACUCUAGCGGGUUACAUUAUGCCGCUAGGGUGCACCGGAAGAACAAAACCCAUACACCAUUCCCAGACUCUGCUCAGAAUGCGAAUGUUUAUUCCAGAAUACGAAAAUGA